AUGUCAGACAAGGCCAGACAGCGGGUGGAAGCGAUUGGCAAGCAGCUCGCGCCCGUACGGAAAGUCGCUGGCGCAUCGAGCGGGCCACGGCUGCAGGGUAAAGUUGCCAUCAUCACGGGCACGAACUCGGCGCUGGGCAUUGGCCGCGCGACCAGCUACCAAUUUGCCGAGAACGGAGCGAAAGCAAUCUACCUCUGCGACUUUGACAAUAGCAAUCUUGAAUCGCACAAGCGUGAUAUCAGUGCGGCGUUUCCCAAUGUCCAAGUUCACAUACGCCAGUUCGAUGCUGGGAACGAAGAAGCCGUCAAGGAAGUAGUUGGCCAUGCCAUCAAGACAUACGGUAGACUCGACGUCUUCUUUGCCAAUGCCGGCAUCGUAGGCAAGCCUGUACACUUCAAAGAUGUGGAAAAGAGUGAAUUUAUGAAGGUCAUGGAGACCAAUGCUGCCAGCGUAUUCCUGGCUGCAAAACACGCUGCGCCGGCCAUGAUGAAAACCUCGGAUGAGAAACCUGCGCCUUGGGGAAGCAUUAUAGGCACUGCAUCUGUCGCGGGUAUACGGUCUAAUGCUGGCCCUACUGCAUAUUCUGCAGCAAAGGCAGCCGUUGUAUCGAUUGCACAGACAUGUGCAUACCAGCUUGCCGGCACCAAUAUUCGUGUCAACUCGAUAUGUCCUGGCCUGAUUGAAACGGGUAUGACGGCGCCAACUUUUGAGACAGCGAGGGCUCGUGGGACUGAAAAGAAGAUUGGUCAAUUGAAUCCUCUAAAGAGAGGUGGCAACGCUGACGAGAUUGCACGUGUUGCCUUGUUCCUAGCCAGUGACGAAGCAAGCUAUGUCAACGGACAAGCGUGGGCAGUGGACGGUGGACUUAGUGCAGGUCAUCCUUUCGUACCGGGCAAGAUUGCAUAA